GCUUUCCCGGGGCUGUCUGGGAAUGGCCCCUGCCGGGUUCUGCUCCUCGUCCGGCUCCGUCUUCCUGACUCCCCGCGGCGCCGGGAAGGGGCAGUUUUGUGCUGCUUUCCUGGCGUGUCCCUGCGAGAGAGGCCAGACUUGUAGCUGGCACAGUCAGAGCAGGACAGGUGAUCGCUGCCCAAGGUAUGUGGGCACAUUCGAUGACUGUUCAAGAUUACCAGGAUCUCAUAGACAGAGGAUGGCGAAGAAGUGGAAAAUACGUCUACAAACCUAUCAUGAAUCAAACAUGUUGUCCUCAGUACACAAUAAGGUGCCAAGCUUUGCAUUUUCAGAUCUCCAAAUCUCACAAGAAAGUUCUGAAGAAAAUGUUGAAAUUUAUUUCCAAAGGAGAUGUUUCGAAAGCACCCAAUGAAGAAGAACCUAUGGAUUCCCAUAUAGAAGAUGCAGUUGUGUGUGAUUUUGCACACAAAAGUGAGUCUCAAGUCAGUCAGUCUGAACUGACUCCCUUGAGUGUGGAUCACACAGAGCGGGUGGAAAAUGAAGAUAAGGACACUGAAGAGACAAAAGAAGAGGUGAAUGAGCAGAAGGUGGAAUCAGGUUCCCUUCAGAUAUGUGCAGAUCAAGACAAGCCAGUCCCUGGAGAACCAUCACAUUCGGCUAAAAUUGUCCAUGCACCACCUAAGCCAGGGAAAGGGGCUGACCUGAGCAAGCCGCCGUGUCGAAAAGCAAAGGACAUCCGGAAAGAGAGAAAACUGCAGAAGCUCCUUCAGAAGCAGAUGUGCACGUUAGAAGGCUCUCAGCUUCAAGCAGGAGAUCAAGUUCUCCUCUCUCAAAACUCUAAAUCUAAAACAAACCAACCUAAAACCAUUGAAGACUUCGUUUUUGUCUCUUUACCUGAUGAUGCGCCACACAAAUUAGAGGUGAGGGUGGUGAGAUCAUCUCCACCAAGUUCACAGUUCAAAGCCACAUUUCAGGAGUCUUACCAGGUCUAUAAACGUUACCAGAUGGUUAUUCACAAGGACCCACCUGAUAAACCAACUAUAAAUCAGUUCACACGAUUCCUCUGUGAUUCUCCUCUGGAGGCAGAGAAUGCACCAGAUGGACCAGACUGUGGUUAUGGGUCUUUCCACCAGCAAUACUGGCUGGAUGGGAAGAUCGUUGCUGUGGGUGUAAUUGAUAUCCUGCCCUACUGCGUGUCCUCAGUCUACCUGUACUAUGAUCCAGACUAUUCUUUCUUAUCUUUGGGAGUCUACUCUGCAUUAAGGGAAAUUGCUUUCACCAGGCAACUUCAUGAAAAAGCUCCUGAUCUCUCUUUUUAUUAUAUGGGUUUCUACAUUCAUUCAUGCCCCAAAAUGAGAUACAAGGGUCAGUACAAGCCCUCUGACUUGUUGUGCCCUGAGACCUAUGUCUGGACUCCUAUUGAGCAGUGUCUCCCCCUGCUCGAGCAUUCGAAAUACUGUCGAUUCAACCAGGAUGUAAAAGCAGUUGAUGAAGGUCGCGUUAGGGAACUGGGCAGAGUGAGAGUGCUUCACAAGAGGACCGUGAUGCCUUACAGUGUGUAUAAGAAAAGAAGGAAGGGGCCAAGUGAUGAAGCCAUUGUUCAGCAAUAUGCAAGUUUGGUGGGACAGACCUGUUCUGAAAGAAUGUUGUUGUUCAGAAGUUGAGCAAUCGCUAAAUGGCGGUUGGAUGGCGCUACGUUUUACUGCACUGCCACGGGAUGGUUUGUACUAUAGUUGUGUGUUGGUAUGCCUGCUCAAAUAGCAGCCUGAGACACAGGUAUAUAGCUAGGCUUGUGUGAAUACAUGGUACUGUGUUUAAAAGCCAACUCCAAUAAAACUUACAAUACAGCAAGGCUUUAGCAAUAUAAGUUUAGAAAAACAUGCUUGCAAUAUAUUUCAGUUAAGUAGUUCUUAGCCGUUCUAUGCGUUUUGGACAAUUCUGGGUAUCUGAGCAAAAUGGAAAACAGGUGUACUUUUUUUUUGUAGAGACAAAGGUUGACUAAAUCUAGAUUAACAAUAAUUAAAUUACCAAUGUUUUCAAAUAGCACCUUGGAUAUCUGUCAUUGAAAAUUGCCAUGAAAUUUAUGCUCGCAUCUGUAUGCUCCUAAAUUCUUGCAAGAGAAUGGAAACGUGCUGUUACUUUCUAAUGUGAAAUCUGGCAUGGGUUAAUUUUGUUCCAAUAGUAUACUUAAAAACAGGAAGAAAUUGUUUUCACUGCACAUUCUUCAUUUGUUUUGAUGCAGUAGGUCUGAGGUAGGAGUUCCUAGUAGGUUCUCAGUGGCAGAGGAGGCAGUGCUCUGGAAAACUUUCCCCUUUAGAGAUGAAACAGAAUAGUUGCACUAUAAAUAUACCAAAGAUAUGCAGCCAAGUGGCACAGUGGUUUUUUUGGUGUAAGCCUUAUCCUUUGUCUAAAAAGACUGGCUAUUUUAAUGCACAUCAGUAACGUGGAAUAGAGCUGGGGAGGUUUAUCCUAUAGCUCUUCAGUGCACAUAUCAGGAUGAUGCUAAAGAAAAAAAAGACACGAGGUACCACUGCUGGGUUUUGUUGCUAUUUUUUUCUGCAGAAUUGUAUGGGAAGACUUAAAUAUCGUAUUCCUGCAUUUUUACUGACUGUUUAUGGCACGGCAGCUCACAGGUUAACAUCUUUAGUAGCUUUUUCCUAAAUACUUCUGUUGGAAACACAGGAAAUUGUGAUGCUUUAUGGAAGCACUUUAUUAUCUGAUACAUGAACGUUGUCAUUCUUAGUCUGUGUCCCUGUCAAGUUCUGCAUGUUACAGGAGUGUGGGGAACUGACACUGUUGUGUAAUUCAGUAAUGUAUUACAACAUCAUAACCAUGCCAGUGAAGUUGUGUUUCUUAAAUUCUUGGCUAACAGGAGCUAGUCUUUACCUUGAAUCAACAGUUUCCUGUUAGCCUGUGGAGAGAGAUUCUUAUUCAAGAAUAUAUGUGUAGGAGUUUUCCCCCAGAAAAGAAUCAAAUUCAGUUUUACCCUCUGAGGGCUACAUCUCCUAUCAUUCAUGGGAUUGAUUUAAUGUUAAACACUUUGCCAGUAUUACUAAUAAUUGAUUUGUAUGUGAAACAGACAUAAGUAUUUUAGGAUUCAAGUGCAUUGCAGAUUUAGCUGUUACUGACACAGAGUACAGCUUUGGCAGUCAUUUUAAAAAGUAAUUUUAUGAUUUAUUAAUUUGGAUGCAUUGUAUUGAUCUACUCUUAUUCUGCAGCAACACUGACUAUUUCUGCCAGCAUUAUAUCAGGUAUGUGUUUAUCUAGACCAGAGAAGUUUCUGUAUACUGUGCAAUCCAGUUUGUCCAUAUCUUCUCUAAACCUAUUGCCAUGGGAGAACCACUAAAUGUUCUUUAUGAAUAUUACUCUAACGAGUUCCUUUCUGUGGGGAAAAUUCUCUUGCCACCCAGUGAAAUGUCAGCUAGUAUGACAUUUUCUGCCUGCACAGUGUGUUGAAAAGCAGUGAUGCCCACAUGGCUUAAAACCAAAAAUAAAUGAGAAAAACCUUUUUGUAUGAUGUAAAAUCGGAUAAUGGGCACAGAGGAAGUCCAGUAUGACUUGCAAAGUCUUAAAGAGGAUUAAAACCAUUUAAGGAUGGCCUUGCUGUGCUGCAGAAGUUUCUGUUAAAUGACAAAGCAGACUUGACACCGCUGAGAGUUCUUGAAGAGCUCCAUCUUUUUGUGCCCACUGUUACUGAUACGCCUUCUAGAUGUGUACUAGACUUUUGCCUGAUGCUGCUUCUCUUGGGGAGCUUUUAAGAACUGCAGUUAAGGAAAAGUGAGGUACGUAUAAGACUGAAAAUGGAGUAGAGCUUGAAGUUACCUUUAUUGUGACCACUAGAGGUAAAUGACCAUUUCCUGUGAAUUCUGAAACGGUGCUUUCACCUUCUGACCUCCACUGGAACUGCAGCACCAAGGCACCUGGGCCUUCAGACCUGUUUUGAACUCAAAUAUGUAUAGAUAGAUUAAAAAAAAAAAAGUCAACAUUGAGAUUAACUCAAAAAUUGUGUUCAUCUGAUGUAAUAUGCUGAGAUCUGACUCGCUUGUCUUAGUGUUAGUUUGGAAGGAAUGGUGCAGUGUUCUUCAGGACUGAUGUCUCUAUCCCUGAUUUAGAAGUGGAACAGAGUCUGAGGAUGAAGUUCUGUAAGUCUGACCAUUGACUUCAGUGGAGCUGAAAAUUCACCCCUAUCAUAAUUUUAUUUAACAAGAUGUCAUCAUUGAGAAUUAUUGAAUUUAGAGAUUUGUCAUGUGGUACAAUCUAUUUUAUGGGUGGGUUUCUUUUAGUGUUAUUAGUUUGUGAUAGUUAAUCCCUGAAGUAAGAUUGCCUUGUUCUAUUUUCUCUUGAUAAAAUGGUGGUAAGAAACUGAAGAGCUGUGACCAGUAUUAAAAAAUACCAUUAUUUGGUUUAAUUGGAAAUAAAUGGGGAGCUUACUCAUAUCCAGCCUCAACACAUUUCAGGAAAUGCAAAAGAACCCGCAUGUUGAGUUUGUAAUUCCUUUUCAGAAGGCCUGUUUGACUUGUAAGUGUAGAAAAUAAAGUUAUUUCUAGUCUUUGUGAAUUAUUAUAAAGAAUUAAUAGCUCCGA